GAUACUUGCCGCACUUGCACUUGUCUUUUUUUACAGUCGCCAUGGAUCGCACAGAAGAAGUCACAUAUGUAACGUGGCACGCGAUAGCCUUUGCCAAUGCCUUUUGGGCAUCUAUGUUAUUGGUCGCUUCCUCCAUAUUUGGACACGCUGCCGUCUACGUAUGUGACCAGGGAAGGCAGCAGAUUAUUGAAUUGGCACACAUCAGAACUGGAAGUAUGGACGUUGAAGACUUGUUGCAGCAGCUGCCCGAAUCCAUCAGCAAGACGAUUCAUCAGACAACAUCACCACAUGGGACAGUUUUUCAAAGUUUUAUGCUUGUGGCUGCAUUGCUGAUGCUAGUGAGCGAGUUCCCAAAGCAUGAAUAUGUGCAGUUGGGUCUGGAUUUGCAGCUUGUUGGCCUCGAGGCCUGCCGCUACCUGUUCCCAGUGAUUGGGAUUAUCUUGCUGGUUUUCGUUCCUAUGUCGCAUGACUACAUUCUUAUGAUAGAGCGCUUUAAGCAGCCUGGCUAUCAGUUGACGCUGGAAGAUAAGGCGGUCUUUUUCGCCAACAAGCUGCAGGAGGACAUGCAUCAGGCAGCGGGGACUUUGGUCUUUGCAGCCACGCCUGGGCUGGAAGGCUAUGCAGUCGGCCGGGCAUAUGUCGAGUUCUUUGGCAAUUCAAUGGGUGAGGACUACAUCUCGUGGAAUGAUGGCAAUGCAGCGACUUACAUGUGGCUGGCACUUCUCUUUGGUCGCACGAUUAUGUUGCUUGGCACUCACGCCUGCUUGUGGAACAUGGUCUACGAAAUGUACUGUGAGCCAACUGCAAGGUUUUCUCGCAACCCAUAUUAUGUAUAUGACGUUGAGAAGGCGCUGAUUCGCCACCUUUUGAACUACGUGAUGUUGAUGGGAAUGUCAAUUUGGUUUGUCAAUGAGACGCAGUUCAACUUACUUUCUAGCUUAGCACAGACUGUGCUGUUGAGCCUGGCGGCAUUGGCACUGGUUCUUACCGCGUGCUACACGCUGAAUGUACUUCGAUACUUGGCCUGCAAAGAGAGGUAUCUCAACAACGCGACCCUUUCAAAGCAGUUCAACAAGCUCUUCACCAAAACCGAGAAGAGAAUGGACAAGUACACCGAGGAGUUGGAAGAGCUUCAUGAGAAGUGGGCCAAGUGCACCGUCAAGCGUGAUGUGUCCGACGAAGAUGACUCAGACGAUGAUCUUCUCUGUGAUCCCGGUUGUCAGUAAAGAGUGUGCCACCAAGUUCACGCUUCAUGAUUUGCUGGCCCGGCGAAGCCCGCAUUGAAAGCGACCAAACA